UCUGCCUCUCCCUGCCGCAUUCAGGAGAAACGAGCAGUGAGGCACUUCAGCUUCGUACAGCUCUUGUGUGGUCAAAUAUUCAAAGCACUGGAAGCCAUCAUGGCUCUGACCAGUGCCUUCAAGGCUGUUACCAACAAUCCUGGACUGAUCAUCUGGAGAAUAGAGAAAAUGGAUCUUGUGCUGGUGCCUCCGAAAGUUCACGGCAACUUCUAUGAAGGGGAUUGCUAUGUCCUCCUUUCAACUCGCAAAGCAGGCAACGUCCUGUCUUAUGACAUCCACUACUGGAUUGGAAAGUGUUCCUCACAAGAUGAACAGGGGUGUGCCGCCAUCUAUGUCACUCAGCUAGACGACUACCUUGGCGGGAUUCCCGUGCAGCACCGUGAGGUACAGGGCCACGAAUCAGAGCUCUUCAAGGGCUAUUUCAAGCAAGGGAUCAUCUACAAAAAGGGGGGUGUUGCAUCUGGGAUGAACCAUGUGGAAACUAAUGUCUACCACGUCAAGCGGCUGCUGCAUGUCAAGGGCAAGAGGAAUGUCACAGCCACAGAGGUGGAGAUGAGCUGGGGCAGCUUUAAUAUGGGUGAUGUGUUCUUGCUGGAUCUCGGCAAAGUCAUUGUGCAGUGGAAUGGACCGGAGAGCAACAAACAGGAACGCAUGAAGGCUAUGCUCCUUGCCAAAGAGAUCCGUGACCGAGAGCGUGGAGGCCGGGCCGAGAUCGGGGUGGUGGAGGGUGAUGAGGAAGAAGCCAGCCCAGGCUUGAUGAAGGUGCUAGAGAGCGAGCUUGGAAAGCGUCCACGGGAAAUCAAGCCUGCCAUUUCUGAUGAGGUGGUGGACCAGCAGCAGAGAGCCAACAUCUCGCUCUAUCGUGUCUCGGACUCUGGAGGUGAAAUGCAGGUCACAGAAGAAGCCCAACGGCCCCUCGUGCAAGAGAUGUUGAGUCAUGAUGACUGCUACAUUUUGGAUCAUGGUGGUAUGAAAAUCUACGUAUGGAAGGGGAAAGGUGCCACUAAGAUGGAGAAGCAAACAGCCAUGUCAAAGGCCUUGGGAUUCAUGAAGAUGAAAGGCUACCCGUGCAGCACCAACCUCGAGACUGUGCAUGAUGGAGCAGAGUCGGCCAUGUUCAAGCAGCUGUUCCAGAAAUGGGUGGUCCAUGACCAGACCGUGGGGCUAGGAAAAACCUACAACGCUGGCAAAAUUGCUAAGGUCAGCCAGGAGAAGUUUGAUGCCACUGUCUUGCACACCCAGCCAGAGUUAGCAGCCCAAGAGAGGAUGGUGGAUAAUGGAGAAGGGAAGGUUGAGGUCUGGAGGGUGGAGAACCUGGAGCUGGUGCCAGUGGAGAGUCGAUGGCAUGGAUUCUUCUAUGGUGGAGAUUGUUACUUAGUCCUGUACACUUAUGAGGUGAACAGGAAGCCCCACUACAUCUUGUAUAUCUGGCAGGGACGUCAUGCCACAGUGGAUGAGCUCGCAGCCUCGGCUUACCAAGCAGUGGAGGUGGAUCAACAGUUAAACGGGGAGCCUGUGCAGGUCCGGGUGAGCAUGGGCAAGGAACCACGUCACUUUUUGGCCAUCUUCAAAGGCACGCUUGUCAUCUUUGAGGGCGGGACAUCCAGGAAAGGCAACAGUGACCCAGAGCCCCCGGUGAGGCUCUUCCAGAUCCGAGGGAGUGACAGCUCCAGUACCAAGGCAGUGGAAGUGCCAGCCUUUGGUGCUUCCCUCAACUCCAAUGAUGUCUUCUUGCUUAAGACUCAGACUGAGCACUAUUUGUGGUAUGGCAAGGGUUCUAGCGGCGAUGAACGUGAAAUGGCCAAGCAGCUAGCUGCAACCCUCUGCGAUGGGCUUCAGGAGACUGUAGCAGAAGGGCAAGAGUCAGCAGGAUUUUGGGAGCUGCUUGGUGGCAAAGCCUCCUACGCAAGCGAGAAAAGGCUUCAGCAGGAAGUCCCUGAUCACCCUCCUCGGCUCUUUGAAUGCUCUAACAAGACUGGACGCUUUGUAGUCAUCGAGAUAACUGACUUUACCCAGGAUGAUCUCAGUGAGAGUGAUGUUAUGCUGCUGGAUACAUGGGACCAGGUUUUCUUAUGGAUUGGCCGAGAAGCUAACAAAGUAGAGAGGAAGGCAGCACUGACAGUGGCUCAGGAAUAUCUGCAGACCCACCCCAGUGGGCGGGAGACCGACACCCCCAUCUUGAUCAUCAAGCAAGGUUUUGAGCCACCCACCUUUACAGGCUGGUUCCUGGCUUGGGAUCCAUUCCAGUGGAGUGAAGGGAAGACAUAUGAGCAGCUGAAGGAGGAGCUGGGAGAUGCUGUCAACAUUGCCAGAAUCACCGCUGAUCUUAACGAUGCAUCCCUCUCUUCAAAGUCUGGGACUGUGAGCAAUAGCAGCAGCUGUCCAACAUACCCUCUAGAAGUCCUGCUGAGAAGCCAGGAUGAACUACCUGAGGAUGUGGACCCUGCCAAGAAAGAGAAUUUCCUGUCAGAGCAAGACUUUGUGAGAGUCUUCGCAAUUUCCAGGGAAGAGUUUGCUGCUCUCCCCACCUGGAAACAGCUUAACCUAAAGAAAGGAAAAGGGCUUUUCUGAAGGAAAAAAACCUGAGUUUUUAAGAGAAUAAGACAUCUCAACUUGGUCCUCAUCUACUUGGGUCAGGCUCUGUGUCCAGAAGCAACUUGGUCUAUGGAGGGAGCUGUAUUCUCACUUUUUCAACUCUAUAUCACAUUUGUGCCUAAUUGUGCUUUGAAUGUUAUUUUUGGGGCACCUGUAUUCAAGGCUGAUGCUGUCCAGGUUAAAAGAAGACAUUUCACCUUAAUGAUUCUGCAUUGCUGGGAACACUAACUCGGAUGGAGCAGAUUUGGCUACUGAAGCUCAGCAGCUACAACGGCGGCAGCUUUCUGUGCUCUUGGCCAAGGCUUGCUCCAUACAAAUAAGUAGCCAUACAGUGGCACUGGCUACUAGGAAUCUAAGCCACACAAAGGCUGCUGAGUGGGGAUGAUUGUUUUGUGUAAACCAAGCCUAAGAGUGUAUGCCUAUAUUAUAAACAUUAAAAUCUGCUUUACUGCCAUUAACACCUCACUCCACCCUACUUGUGCCACUCCCAAGGUAUACUGGGACUACAAAGGAUCUUUUGAGGCCACAUGUAGGAGCUCUAAAAUCAGGUAACAACUGUGUCUUUUCAACACUUCAGCCUCCCUACUAUGUGUUUUGGGCUGAUUAGUUUGCACCGCCUCCCAUGCCCUUGGGUCUAUAGAGUUACUACAGAUUAGUGGGGGGUGCAGUCGGCCUGGUUUAGCCUCCUGCUGUGAUUUCAGUGGUGCCUAGGGGGCAGGGGAGGAGGAAGAAAAAUUCCAGAAUUCACCCAGGAACUCAGAGAUUCUAAUCAUUUGGAUACAUCCUAAAACAACUAAAAUAAUACAGAGAUUUUUAAAACCCUUCAGCUGUCCCACAAAACUAUAGUUCCCUGUAGGGAGUAAGAGAAAAUAGUAGGGUCACUUUUCAGUGUUUUCCUAUGGUGUGGAGGCAAGCACUUUACAAAAAGAGCUUCAAGCAAGUUGAAGUGUGUGAAGAAAAUGUACUUGAAUGCAUCCUCCUGAAGAGAAUGGACGGGAUGAGCUCCAACCACUCUAACUAGGACAAUCCUCUAGUCCUCCAUGUCUGACCUUGAGAUGGCAAACUCCUAGCUCUCUAUGGGCAAGGGAGUGUCUGGCUGAUUUCUGCAGCACUUCCAGAGAAAGCAUCUUACCAUCAGACAUAAUAAAGCCCAGCCCCAUACAAAC